AUGCUAGCAACAGCAGCAAAGGCACAUCGUGGUAAGCAUGUGACAUUAAUGGUACGGUUUCCCAACCAAGGACGUCAAGUGGAGGAUCUUGACAUCUGGUCACACACCAAUGAAUCAAUCGCAUCUGUUCGUAGACAAAUUUUAUUAAGGAUAAAAGCCAACAUUGCAACUACCAAAGUUGAUUUAUAUGUAAACGGAGAAUUACUUGAUCCAAUUGAAGAUAGAAGGCUGGUUGGACAACUGGCGUUGAGAGACAAAACUCUGGUGACAGCUAAGCUAUGCCAGAUUGGCUCCAACAUGCCAUCGAGUCCCGAUAGCUCAUCUGAUUCGUCCGUGGGAUCCCCUCAACACUUUGAUGGACCUAACAUUGAAACAGAGAACUGUCUACCAGGGGUGAUUCUGUCCACCAAGAGGCAAGCUGUGCAAUUCUUCUUUCAAUUAGCAGACUUAGGUUGCUCAUUAAAAGUGCCAUUGCUAAGAGAUGGAGCGAGGGCGCUGUUGAAGAUCAUCCCAGCAGAUACCAAUACUGUUGAUAAACUACGAGCUCUUUGUCUAGAUCAUGCUAAGUUAGGUCAACAAUCUCUGUCGCCCUCACUUGAUAGUUUAUUCUUUGGUUCAUCACAGUCAGAAGUUUUAUAUCAUCUUGAGGUUGUUUAUUCUUUACUAAUGCCAGCACAGGUGCCACAUGGUGAUGAUGCAUAUGAAUUUCAGUAUAAUUUCUUGAAAAGUGGAGGAGUCGGAUGUGUUUUAAAUAUGCUAACAAAAAAUAAUUUCUUACCAAAUGCGGAUUCAGAAACUAGAAGAACGUCACUUUUGAUGGUGCUAAAGGUAGGCAAGUUAAUGUUGACAACGCUAGGCUAUGCAAAGAUCACAGCAGUGGCUGAAUCCCUCCAGCAAGACAUGACAGGCCAGUCAUCUACACAGACCACUCCUGCUGCUCACAACCAAGCCCUGGUGUUGCAGCAGGCCCUUCAGGGUAUACCAAACCCUAACUCGGAGUGUGUGCUUAGAAACGUUGCUAUUAGACUAGGGAGACAUGUAGCAGAUGAGGCUAGCAGUCACAUGCCAGACUUGAAUGUGGUGAAAGCAAUCAAGAAGGUGGCGUGGUCAGCUGGUUGUGGGUGUCUUCAUCUUCUACAUGCCUCCAAUGAAGAUAUUCAUAAAGCUUAUGAAAAGGGUGUUGUGAAGUUACCAGAACAAGAAGAUGUCUCAUUAACUAAGGAAUCUCUAGAGGUGUUGACCAUCUGCCUAGCACUCUGUCCACCUGCGCUGGAAGCACUGAACAAGGACAAGAGCUGGCAACACUUCAUCAUAGAUCUACUACUACUAUCAAAAAGCAGAACGGUGAGGCUGUCGGCAACAGAACAAUUUAACCUAAUAGCUACAAAGUGCUCAUCAGCACAUGUUCCACUACACUUCUUUAUCACAUUAUGUUUUACUGUUCUACAAAGUAUCGUAAAAGAGAACCCUAGGUCAUGUAAUGAGUACUUUCAGUUGCUCUGCCGAUUGUUGAAUUACGCAUGUACGACAAACGUCACGUUGAAUGCUGCAGAGACUUGCCUGACCAAUGAGAUUGAUUGGCUCAAGAAGGUUCGGGAUGAGUUGCUGAAAACUGGCGAGUUGCCUGUUGAAGGGAGUUUACUGGAAGGCCAUUUAGGUAUUUGUAAAGAAUUGCUGACAUUUAUGUCGUCAGAGAAGAAGCACCAGAUAGGAUCGAAAAAAGAUGGCUGUAAUCUAAUACAUGAGUUGAUUGAUGACUUUUUGUUUCCUGCGUCCAAAAUUGUUGUGCAAACACGCAAAGCUAACGAUGAUUUCCCGCUAUGUCCUGUUAUUCCCGUAUGUAGCUCACCUCCAACAACGAUCGCCGCUUUCGAUCUCCUGGUUGCUCUAUGCGUCGGUUGUAUACCAAACCUGAAAUUAGUCUGUGAUAUGUUAACAAAUAUGUAUUAUUCAGCAGGAACUGAAUUACCACUCUGUGAAUGGGAGUAUCUCCCACCAGUGGGUCCUCGACCAAUCAGAGGCUUUGUAGGGUUAAAGAAUGCCGGUGCGACAUGCUAUAUGAACUCGGUACUCCAGCAGAUCUUCAUGGUUCCCGAGAUACGCAAGACAAUCCUCAGUGCCGAGGGCGCUGCCGUUGAUGUUGAAGAUGAUGGUUCCGGUGAUGAAAAGCAGGACAUAGAGGUAAACAUAGACUGCAAGCAAGAUGGAGGAGGAGACGAGAAGAUUGGUUCCAGCAAAGAGAGUGAACGCAAAGAGUACAACAUGGGAGUGUUGAAGCAAGUACAGUAUGUGUUUGGACAUCUAGCAGAAAGUAAACUACAAUACUAUGUCCCCAGAGGGUUCUGGAAGAUUUACAAAUUAUGGGGCGAGCCAGUGAAUCUUCGUGAGCAGCAUGAUGCAUUAGAGUUUUUCAAUAGCCUUGUAGACAGUCUAGAUGAAGCCCUCAAGUCACUAGGACAACCCCCUAUCUUUACAAAGGUCAUGGGAGGGUCAUUUGCAGAUCAGAAGAUUUGUAAAGACUGCCCUCACAGAUAUUCCAGAGAAGAGUCCUUUACAGCUCUAAACGUUGACAUUCGCAAUCAGCAAAACCUAUUAGAUUCAUUAGAACAGUACGUCAAAGGCGAUUUAUUAGAAGGCCCUAACGCCUACCAUUGUGAGAAAUGUAACAAGAAGGUUGAUACUGUGAAACGUUUGUGUAUAAAGAAGUUACCGAAUAUAUUAGCAAUUCAGCUGAAGCGUUUUGACUACGAUUGGGAGCGGGAAUGUGCAAUCAAGUUCAACGACUAUUUUGAGUUUCCACGUGAAUUUGACAUGGAGCCUUACACUGCUGCUGGUCUUGCCAAGCUUGAAGGUGAAGAAAUUCAUGAUGACCGUGAAGAAAGCAGUGAUAAGUUGGAAGAUUCGUCGCGUAGCACAUUUUAUCGAUUAGUUGGCGUUGUAGUACAUAGCGGUCAAGCCAGUGGGGGUCAUUAUUAUUCCUACAUCGUUAAUCGCCAUGGUGAUGACCCUGCCAAGUGGUACAAGUUUGAUGAUGGGGAGGUUUCUGAAUGCAGGAUGGACGAUGAUGAUGAAAUGCGCAACCAGUGCUUCGGUGGAGAUUACAUGGGAGAGGUUUUCGACCAUAUGUUAAAGAGGACAUCGUACAGAAGGCAGAAGCGUUGGUGGAAUGCCUAUAUUUUAUUUUACGAGCGAGUUGACGUAAAAGAAUCGCUUGAAAAGGAUCUCUGCAAAGGCAUGGAUGAUCUUAGACUCACAAUGAAAGAGCCAAUUAACAUGCCGGCGAUUAUCCAGAGGUGUGUACGUCGUCAAAAUAUCCACUUCAUGCACAACCGCAUGCAGUUCAGUCACGAAUACUUCCAAUUUAUACGCAAGCUUGUUACGUGCAACAGCCCGUACUUCCAAGCCUUGCAGGGACAAGAGAGGCCUACUCAAGAUUAUGAAGAGCUGGCCAUGCUGAGUAUCCAACUGGUUUCCAAGUUUCUAUUCACUGUAGGCUUUCACACCAAAAAGACUUUAAGGGGUUCUGCUAAUGAGUGGUAUGAAGCACUCUGUCUGUUAAUGCGUACUUCAAAGGCCGUACGAACUUGGUUUGCACAGAAUGUUCUCUUUGCAAACCCAGGAAGAUUCUCGGAAUAUCUACUAGAGAGCCCCAGUACUGAAGUGCGGAAUGCGUUUGCUAAGCUAUUGGUCAUCCUGUCUCACUUCUCCCAGCAAGAUGGGCCAUUCAGUCUGUCUGGAGCCAUCAGUACAGGAGAAAUUCGCGAAAAACCCAAGAGUUUAAGUGAUCACUUACUUCAUGCUAUCCUGUGUUUGCUAAACAAGGAAGUUUCGGAGCAUGGACGACAUCUUACACAAUACUUUCACUUGUUUCAGAUGUAUGCCAAUCUAGGACAGGCAGAACGAACACAAUUAUUGGAAUUAAGCGUUCCCUCCACAUUCAUGCUGGUGGCCCUUGAUGAAGGUCCUGGGCCACCAAUUAAAUACCAGUACGCUGAACUGGGCAAGUUGUACUCGGUGGUGUCGCAGUUGGUUCGCUGUUGUGAUGUCUCAUCCAAACAACAGUCUUCAAUACCGGGAGGUCAACCUUUACCAAACCCCCAUGGUGAGUCCAGUCUGCAGCGACCUAUCAUGUCAAUUCAACCACAAGUUGCUGAUCUGCUGUUUGGGCGAGGAGGCUAUGUCAAAAAACUUAUUGAAGACUGUAACAAUUCUGAUGAAACAACCAAGCUACUAAGAUUCUGCAGUUGGGAGAAUCCUCAAUUUUCCUCAAUGGUGCUAAGUGAGCUCCUAUGGCAAGUUGCAUACUCUUACACUUAUGAACUUCGACCCUACUUAGAUCUGUUAUUACAGAUGCUACUACUGGAGGACAGCUGGCAGACCCACAGGAUUUUGAAUGCCCUCAAAGGUAUUCCAGAUGAUCGGGAUGGCCUGUUUGAUACAAUUCAGCGGUCCAAGAACCACUACCAGAAGAGAGCCUAUCAGUGCAUUAAAUGUAUGGUGGCGCUGUUCAGUAGCUGUGCUGCCGCCCAGAGUCUACUCAACUCAAAUGGUGAUUUGAAACGGAAAUGGAAUUGGGCUGUGGAGUGGCUGGGAGAUGAGUUAGAACGGCGCCCAUAUGCUGGAAAUCCACAGUACGCUUACAACAAUUGGUCACCACCCGCCCAAUCAAAUGAAACAUCCAAUGGAUACUUCUUGGAAAGGUCACACAGUGCAAGGGUCACGCUAGCCAAGGCUUAUGAACUGUGUCCUGAAGAGGAACCUGAGGAGGUUGAAGUUGGUGAGGAUCAGGAGAGUUCACCAACAGAAGAUCCACCGUCAGGACACUAUCAACAUCAUCUGCACACUGUCCAACCACAGAAUAACCAGCAGCUAAUCUCAGCCCAGAACAACCAAAUACACCAGCAAGUACCGAACAACCAACAGCCGUACAACCAACAACAUCACAUGACAAACAUACAUCGUCAUAACAACACAAUCAACAACAGCCUGAACAAUCAAAGCAGACCGCAGGGCAGCAGUGGAGAGGAGCAGAAAGAGGAGGAAGUAGUGAGCCCAGGUCAGUCAAGCAACAAGGAAUCAUAGAUGUAUGGAAUGCAGAUUGACUCUGAAAUGUAUGGGAGGCAGAUGUAGUAAAUUGUUUGCAGAGUAUCAGUAGAUAUAAUAUGGUAGUAUAAUAUUGAAACAUGACAGACCCUUAAAGAAACAUUAUGGGUGCUGUUUAGCUAAUAGGACACUGAAAGAGAACACUCCUCAACCCUGCAUAAUAAAUUUGCAAAUAAACAACCAAAUAUAAUUUAAAACCAUUUUUAGGCAUAUGUAAGUAUUACCUAUUCUAUAACAUAGCUUUAUUUUAGUUCUGUUGUAAAGAACAAAGCCAUAUAUUUUUGUGUUGUGGAAACAGAUUCCUGUUAUUUUUUAGCAAUUUUUCUCUCCCCUUACAUCCGAUAUUUUUUGUUUUUGUUUUUUUUUUGGAAAUGUUGUUCCCAAACUUAAUGUCUUUAAUUACAAGAAUGGCUUAUUCUGUUGUAGCCUUUACUUCUACAGGAGUGUGUAGAUUAGUUACAAUAUAGAAACACAGCACAGUUUCUUUAUAAUGAACCUGUGUGUAUAACAUUAUUGACAUUUUAUAUAAGCUUAUCAUAUCAUAUGGGUAUUUAUAGAUUUAAAACAUUCAUCAGAAUGUUUACAAAGUUAUAAUGUUAUAUUUAAGGAUUGUGGCUCUUACAGAUUUUAAACAGACAUCUUCACAAUUGACACAAAUUUGAUUUGCAGUAUGUGAUAGUAUCAAACUGUCGAUGACAGCAAUGAAGACGACGGCGAUAAUGACAUUGACAGCGAUGACGUUGAUUGUUUUUAGAUAUUUAUAUUCCGUAUGUGUAUGUUAUAAAAACCUACUCUAUUCCUUUAACAAAUUGAGAACCUUAAUUAAAUCAUUGAUAGUCUGUGGAUCAAUCAAUUUAUAUCGAAAUAAUUUACUAUCUUAGAAGCUAGUCUAUGGUAUUGCAUUCUCAUCCCAUAGCCAGUAAGCAUCAAUUAAUAGUUACCAUAAUUAGUGUUAAGUAAUAUGCCAGUAAUAUGCCACUCAAAUUUUCAAGUACAGUAUCCUCUUCAAUGGAAAACAGUGUGAUGUUAUUUUUCCCAUGAAUUUUAUCGUACUGUACCAGUGUGUGCCUUUUAUAGCAAAAUUAUUUCCAAUGUGAAAUUUUCCACAAACUCUGUGAACAAAAUAAUUAUGUAUUUUCUAUCUUACACUACAGUUGAACUUGCCUAAGUGGAAUCCAAAAUGGCAUUGAAAAAUUGUUCGACUUACAGAUCGUUAAUUAAUGGAAAACACAAAAUUUAGCAUGUAAAAUAAGAUCGACUUCGAAAUUAAUUGAGUUAGGCAAAGUUGACUUAAGCAAGUUUAACUGUAUUAACUGGAACACCUGAGUUAAAUAGAAAACCUUGUUAAAUAGCACCACUUUAUCAAUUAGGCAGUUAAAUGUGCUUUGUAAAUAUACAAUUGUGAUUAGAUAGAUGUUGAUGAAAACCACUGUAUGAUAAUUGUACAUUAAAUGGUGUGUCCCUAAUCCUUACCAAGUUACCCCUGAUAAUAAUAUCUGUAGGUAAGUAAGCUUUUUCCAGUGUGUGGAAUUCCCAGCAAUUAAUCUCUUGUUCUUAACAUACAUAAAGAUAUAUAUUGUGUGCAAGAGUUCAUUGAUAUUGUGAAUCUGUGUGGUUUAUUGUUCUUAGCCUUCAGCGGUGCAUAGCAAGUUCUACAAACAGGUUUAAAACUUUAGAAGGAAACAUAAUCAAGGUGUGUUUCAUGAAAAGGUUAGUUUUUAAUAAUUAAAAAUGAGUUUUAUUAUUGUUAUUUUGUCAUACAGGUUUUUAUUUAUGUUUUACAUUUCAAGGAGGCUAGGCCCACCGUACCAUUUCCCUUAAAUAAGGGGAAGGAAAAAAAGAACAUAAUUUAUGGGUUUAGUGCCACUUCUUGCUAGGAUAGUUUCUCCUAUUUAAACUUAAUUUGGUUCAGCACAUUGUCACAUUUCUUCCAUUUAUGGUAUAUUUAUAAAUGUAUUUUUUUUUCAAAGUAGGAUAUAUAAUUUAAAGUAACCCCUUGAGACACUUUCCAAACAUCUGUACAUACAAUUAGCUAAGAUAGGUUUUUUUUUGUAAAGAUAUUGUGGUUUUUGGAAAUUAUAAUUUACAUUUUCGUUGCUUUAAAAGUUGUUUCAUCAUGAUAAAUGUCAUAACGAUUAGGUUGAACAUUUUAUACAGUAUGAGUUUUUUUUUUACUUAAUAUUUACGUUUAUGUAAAGGUAACAGAAGCAGCUUUCCUGAUGUUUGUGCCUCAGUGUUUCAUUAAGGAGAAUUUCUUUAAAUGAUUAAGCUAUGAUCUUAUUCUAGAUAGUCUCUGUAUGCCUCCUGUUUGUAAUGUGUAGUUCACUUGGUGUUGGAGGAACAACUUUAUUGCCUUUGUUGUCCAGGUUUAUAGUAAAGUUAGAGGUUGAUAUGCAAUGGUAUGUUCUUGACAAUCAGUCCCAUAUUAUAUAGUAUAAUCAUAAGAUAACUUUAGUGAAAAUAUGACAAUAAAUGGAUUUGUAUUUUUUAUAUGUAAUUAUUAUCAACUAUUUUUAUUAUUGUUAUUGCUAUAAUUAUAAUAUCAAAAUGAUGUUCUUAUUGUUGCUAAUUUUAUUUUAUUUAUUAUUAUGAUUAAUUAUUAUUGUGUAUGUUCGUAGAUUGUAUAUAAAUGAAAAACAAACGUCAUAAGGUUCUAAGCCUUAUAACGACUAUUGUAGGAUUGAAAAAUUGCCUAAAGUUGUUCUGGUAUGCAUUGCUCGUACAUUUUGAUGAACAUACUAGGAAUUUACAUAUUUUUGGUUUCAUAGUUUACAAUGGAAAAGUGUCACUUUAAGGUUAAUUGAGAAAAAAAAUAUUAGACCUAUUUAAAAUUUCAAUUAUUGUUGUUAUUGCUGUUAUUAUAAUAUUAAUCAGUAAUACAAUACUUUUGACCUGAAAUUAUUUAAUAACCCAAUUGCAAAUGUUAAUGAUUGCAUGGAAUCAACCUGUAGAACAACACUUCCCCUGGUUGUGGUUGUGCAUUUGGUGUGAUGAUAUUAUUAUUGUUAUGAUACUGAUUAAUAACAUUUACUAAAUUCCUAUUAAACUAAAAUUUAAAACAACACUGGUAAAGUCUCAGAUACCAGGAAAUACGGAUAAACACAACUUCUUGUAAGGUUUUUACCCUUUAUGCCAAGAUUUUUAUUCAGAUAGGUUUAGGUUAUUUUUGUUUCUCCAUAAUAAGUUAUAAAGUUUAUGAUUUGUUAUAUGCGACACAUGUAUUAUAGGGAGAUGUGAAAACGGAAAGCUUUGAUGGAACAUGAAUGUUCAAAAUAAUGAUUUUGUAGUAUAAACACGAGAGCGCUGUCUACUUUAGUUGUAUAAAUUGCAAUCUGUUAUGUCAAGCUUUGCAAUAAAAAAUAAGUUGUGUUAA